CAAUUUACAGAAAGUAGUUUGUUAUUUGAGCUUGUUUCAUAACACAAUUAUUUUGAACAAUCACAGAAAAUUCCUUAUUAAUAAAUGUUCACAUGGUAUGGAAGAUUGUUCUCUAGUAUUCAUAAUGUUGAUAUGACAUCUUUACAACUAUACAAAUUUUUAUUACGCCAAUGUGAGAAAUUGCCUCCUGAUGCAUGUAAACAUUAUAAGUUCGCGGUAAAGCAGAGUUAUAAACAACAUAAAUUGGAACCAGAUUCAGAGAGAGUAAAAGAAAUUAUUGCAAAAAGUGUGCAGGAUGCAAAUUGGAUUGUGAAAAAGUACAUACAAAAAUAAUGGAUUUAUUGAGUAUAAUUAGUAUAAAAGCAGCAGAUAAAGGAACAUUUAGAUUUAUAUAUGACAAGCAAAUAUUGUAAUUUAAAAAAUGAGCAUCUUUGGAGAGCGGAUUGAAGAUUAUGAAAUACUAGAACAUCUAGGUAAAGGUGGAUUUGCACAUGUUUAUCGUGCAAGAUGUCGCAAAUCAGGAUUGUUUGUUGCUAUCAAAAUGAUAGACAAAGCUCUUAUGGCCAGUGCUGGGAUGAUAGGACGUGUACGCCAAGAGGUCACAAUUCACUCUCGUCUUAAGCAUCAGACUAUAUUAGAAUUGUAUUCCUUUUUUGAAGAUGCCCACUAUGUAUAUUUAGUUUUAGAAUUGGCACAUAAUGGAGAGUUAGCUAAACAUUUUAAAUUAGGAACACAUGGUCUGUCUGAGAAGGCUGCUGGUGAUAUUUUUAAACAAGUUGUCAAUGGAGUAUUGUAUCUUCAUUCUUACAAUAUUAUUCAUAGGGAUCUUUCAUUGAACAAUUUGCUAUUAACAAAAGAUCUUAGUGUAAAGAUAGCUGACUUUGGAUUAGCAACACAAUUAAAUGGACCUGAUGAGAAACAUGUCACAAUGUGUGGUACUCCAAACUAUAUAUCACCUGAGGUAGCCUCUCGUGAAAUGCAUGGUUUACCAGCUGAUGUAUGGGGAUUAGGCUGUAUGUUGUAUACACUUUUAGUUGGCAGGCCACCAUUCCAUACUCAACAUAUUAAAACUACACUUAAUAAAGUUAUUAAUGCUGAUUACAAUAUACCCUCAGAAUUAUCUCUUCAUGCUCAAGAUUUACUACAAAAACUUUUAUGCAAGGACCCUACCAUGCGAAUUACUCUAAAGGAAAUAAUAGAACAUCCUUUUUUAAACAAUAAUAUUAAUGUCUCUAAUGCCACCAGACAUGAUUUGUCAAGAGAUUCAGGAUUUCUGACUACAUUGCAUAGUACUCAACAUAGUGGCAAAGUAAGAAAUGACGACAGAACUGUAUCUGAUUAUGGUGUGGUCUGCAGGGAGCAAAACAUGGGUAUUUUUAUUAAGAAGGAUGUGAGACCAGCAUCUUUUAAUGUAUUCACAGGUUUACAGGAAAGUAAUGGCCAUUCAUCGCAUGGUAAUGAUUAUGGGCCUGGUGAUAUGCUUGACAGAAAUUCAAUUCAAUGUAAAAAUUUACAAUUGCAUAAGUAUGAUAGUGCAUGUAGCAGUAGUAAUGCAUUGCUUGAAAAUAUAAAGCAAUUGCAAAUUAAAACUCAUAAAUCUGAAAAUAUUGAAACUAUAAAUGCAGUUGGAGAAAACAAAGAAAAUACUCCUAAAUCAUCAAAUUUAAAUACUAAUACAUUGAGUGUUCCACCACUUUGUGCAGAAAGAUUACCAAACAUUUCACAUAGAACCAGAAAUGCUGUAUUAAAAAUAGAAGCUUCUGGUGUUAUAGUAGAGUUUAUCAAAAAGAAAGGUAAAGACAGGGAAGAAAAGGUAGUAGAAAUAUGCAAAAUAUCCAAAGAUGGCAUGAAGAUAAUUAUUUAUACUGUUGAUAAUUGUAAAGCCAAUAAUCUUAAUGUGGAUUAUGAGCCAGCUCCUGAUGAAGUAUUUUCAUAUCACAAUUUACCACAAAAACAUUGGAAAAAAUACUUAUAUGCUUCUCGUUUUGUUGAUCUUGUUAAAGCUAAGACACCCAAAAUAACACUGUAUUCAUCACUAGCUAAAUGCCAACUCAUGGAAAAUAGCACUGAUAUGGAUAUGUUUUUUUAUAGUGGUGAGAAAAUAACCUACACACCUGUAGAUGGAAUAAAAAUUAUUGAUAAAAACUUGAAAACAUAUAAUAAUCCCAAUGCUAUUCCAGAAUUGAAAUAUUUGAUGGAACACUAUGAGGAAUGUUCCAAUCGUAUUAAACGAAUACAAAUGGCAUUAUCUUCCAUUCCAGAAGAAUGUUUUCCUUUGAUUAUUGGAAAAAGACCGAUUACAACUGCAAGCAAUACAGGUUUAGCUAAUCAUGGAUCAGUUAACUUGAAUUACAAUACUCCUGUUUUCAAUGUUGGCUCAUUUCAUCGUACCACAAGUUCUAGUCAGACUCCGAGUGAAUACAAUUUUUCUUAAGCUAUUGCGUAAUACGAUUUCUUAAGCAGUACCAAUCAAAUAUAAAAUUGACAAGCAGAUAGACAAGUUCAUUCUAGGAUAGCAUCCGAUACUAUAAUACCUUUAGUCAAAUGUGGUAGAUAUUUGCUACUAAUUAUUGAUUUCUGAACCUGAGUUGUUUAAAAAGAUCUAAUCUUUAUACUAUGCAAUAGUAUGUUUGAUAGAAUUUAUAUUGUAUUUUAAUAUCGCUACCAUUAUUGCUAAUAUUUUUCUUAAUUUCUAUACUGUAUAAACAGAAUCGCGUAUCGAUGCACCUCUACUGAAGGCUAAAAUAAAAACAUUAACAAAUAAAGUAGAAGCUUCUGUAUAGUUUAAUUUUUAUUUGACUAUAAGGUACAUAUCUAAUAUCUGAUAAUGUGGAAUGGUUAAUUAUAUAUUUAUAUGUAUUAAUUUAAUAAGAACUAAUUAUAAUUAUACAUAUUAAUUUAUGUUACUUUUACUGUCCAGUAUUUGUUAUUAAGUGCAAUUUGAAUACAAUGUACAAUAAAAAUCUUUCCAUAUAUAGAAAAUAUAUUUUGUGUGUCUUUCUCGUAAAAAUAAAUUCAGCAAUUUUGAUAAAAUGUUCACAGAAUAUGUUGUUAAAUAUGGAUCAACAUAUAGACUAUGCAUUCAUAAGGGGGGCUAUUGCUUAGUUUUAUUUCACACAAAUUAUAUUUGUGAUUUUUAUUAUUGGCAUUUACAUAAUAAAACUGGAAUUAUGCAAUUUGUGGAGUUGAAAUAAAAUUUAUUAUUAUUAUAAUUUAUUAUAAACUACACACAAUUUUUAUUAACUAUUAAUUAUAAUUAUUUUAAUAUCCAUUUUAAUAAUUAAGUCAUAAAUGGCGAUUAGAUGCUUUAUUUGUUUCUUGGUGACAUCAAUAGAUUAGAGCUAAUAAUGUAUAGGCGUACGAAGUCGUGGACACCGGUUUAUAUUAAGGGGAUAUCCUAGGAUUCUCAUAAUUUUUUAAAUUUCACCCACCUUUGAGUAUGUAGGCUAUAGUCAGUUUUCAAAAUUGCGUAGACUAAAUUGACAGUUAUAACAGGGCGCGUACCCUUAUUUUAAUGCAUUUGGCUUUAGUGGAUGAAACUGGCCAGUGCAGGCUCUCCAAAGUCACAGAACUCAUGAGGCGACUGAAGGUCAACUAAAAAAGAUAAGACCACGAUACCCAUUUCAACGGUUUUUUUUUAAUGUGUCCGUAUGCGCUAAUGACAUACGAGUGCGGUAUUGUUCGUUCUCUAUGCAAUUUAUGAAUGUGCAUAAAACUUCGUAGAUUCGCGCCUAACAUUCGAACAUACUUGUAAAGAUACAUUCAAAGUUUCGUGAUUUUUCCAUCGCGUAAUUAGGCCAUUUGUAGCUACAGAAGGCGCCGAGUCAAUAACAUUGAUUUAAAUUUAUACUACGUUUGUUUAGAAAUGUUAGGAGUAGAGCCGCAAUAAGUAGUAUAAAAUCUAUGUUAUAAACUUGCUCAAUCUAUUAUACAAAAGUUAACUUCUUAUCUAAGGUGACUAUAUUUUGAGUGUGUGAAAGCCACGGUUUGGCUUGGUUGAGGAGUUCGAUCAAGUUAAUCAUAACGUGUCUUUGUUAGAACGAGGUUUGCAAUCGAUGUCUAGACUGGCU